UGUAUUUUGCUUGGUAUAGGCCUAGUAUUGUACUCUUAUCAUAUGUGUUUCUCUACGGGUUUUAGGAGGCUUUUCGAUGUAUAAGCAAAUGGAACAUUUUACAGUGCAGCAGCAUGAGUUUUCUCUUUGCCUCUGUUGUCUUUAUUAUACAAAAUAAUGCUCAGCAAAUAUUUUCUGCAUUUAAGUAAUGGUGGCUCUUGUUCACUGCUACCCAGUGUUGUGCGAGGAGCCCCAGAUCUUGAUAACAUACCAGGUCAUAGAUUUAGAUUAAUUCAUGAGUUUGUCUGAGAGUCAUUUGCAAAGUUGUAAAGGAUGCUGCUCUCAUAAAUGAUAAAACUCUUGUAGAAAAUUCUGACAAUGAUAUUAAGAUGUAGAUCGGGGAUUCUUGAAAGUCGGGACAAACCUUGUCCAGCAGGGAAACUUUAUUUUAUAGUAAAAAAAUAAAAAAAAGCUUAAAUAAUGCAACAUUUCCAUGUCGGCUCUAUGCUCGGAAAUGCCACCAAAAAAGGUUGAAAAUUUUACAAAAACGGGCAAUGAUUAAUAUCAACUGAAAAAUGUUAUUAUGCAGUGUCUUGUAAUAGCCCUCUUUGAAUAUUUCUCUCAAAACUGUAGUUGCUAAAAAAAAUGUGUCCAGAGAUUUGGUCAACUCCGUCAAAUGUGUGUGAAAUCCUAAAUGAAUGAGGAAUGAGCAGGGAUAACUACUCCAUAGGGAUCCCUUCUUCUUGUCUGCAUUACAUCUAGUGCAACAAGACUGCUCAUGGUCUGGGAAGUUCUCUACUUUUGAUAGAUUUAAACAAACAAUAUUGAAAUAACCAUGGUCUCAACCAUAAACUGUCAACUCCAUCUCCCUGGUAGAUUAAGAUAAGAUAUACAUUUAGGUUCAAAUAUGUUUAUUUUAAGGUGUCUGACAUACAUCCUGUUAGUUGCAUUGGAUGAAGAAAUUGAAGAAUUAGGAGGUUGAUCCUUUACAUGGUGUGAUGAUAGCUGAUACUUUGGUCUGUGAAAAUAUAUAUUUCAAAUGUUGUUAAUAUUAAGACAAAUGUUUGUGGGAAAAUAAUAAAUACAUAGGCUCAUAAGUAGGCUACAUUAUGAGCUUUCUAUAAUGACAAUUAUUGUAUCUAUUUAAGUUUAUGUAUUGUUCCAAAAUAAGUAUUUCAAACUGAGUGAAUAUAUAACAAUGAAACCAAUUUUUCUGACUUUUAUUUGUGUAUCUGCAUUGGUUUUGGCCAUACAACACGACACACAAUGUUUUUUUGUCCAAAGUUGACAAGCUGGCAACCUCAGGUCUUGUUGUGUCAGAUAUUCUCAACUAGUCCAGUCAGCUUAUUUCUUCCAAUCACCAGGGGGAGGAGAUGAAACAUGUUUUCCUCAGUGGUAAAUAAGAAUAGUAAUAGUGCACAACCUUGUUUUUUAAACAGAACAUUUUCUGUGGAGAACAUGAUGUACAUUACAUGUAUCGCAAGAAUUAGUGGGUUCAGUGUGUCUCUUCCUUGAAACUGAUAUUAUCAAGAAGCGCUGUGGAGUAAUAACUUCCCCAUUUAUGCCUGAGAGAGACAGUGUGGAAACUGGUGUUAUAGACACUCAGCACAUCUCUUGAUCAUCGUAAGCCUGUCAGCUCUGGCCACACUCCGUGACACAGACAAGGCCUAUCUGGAACACUGUACUAAACUGGAGGCCUGCUUUGUAUAGCAUCGGAGAAAUGGAAAUGAUGAUGCUUGAUGUACUGUAGUACCUUUUGAAAAAUGUACUGUUGAAACGUUAACAGUCCUGUCCUGUCCAGGGGCUGCAUGUUAACUGAGUCUCAUCAAUGCACUUGGGCAUGCAUCCUAAUUUAGCUGUACAGUAGGUGCAGUGAAACAAGGUAUCAUUUCACCCUCGGUCUCCCGGACAAGGGGCCAGCAGAGAAGGUCACAAGGGGGGUAGGGGAGGAAGAGAGCGAGAUUAAAAGUCUCUACUGUUAUCCUGGCUGGUGUGAGUCUUAUUUCAACCACCGAUGAGACAAUGGAUUGUCAGUAAAAACCAAGAUCAUUGCAAGACUGCCUGAAUUACACUGAGGUUGCUUCUAUAAUCUUUGUCUAUGAUGCCUAUCUACUGUUUGUUGUCAAAUUUGGUGCCUAUCUAAUAACUGCUGUGUCAUAACUAUACUUUGUGACACACUGGGGAAUUUAGUAGUUCCCAGUGCCGUUGUCUGAUGAUGUGACCAGGGGCAUGUGCAUGAAGAUGGAAUCCCCUCCCUCUGUGUGUUCUGACCCUGGCUGUCCCGUGUUGUCUGGGGGGGUCACAGGUAUGACAGUGGGGGUGUGGGCAAUCCCCCUGCAUCAGCGUCCGGACCUGCUGGAGCCUUGCGCCGACUUGGUGAACAGCGAGUGGCAGCGGAGCCACGGUGCCCGGGUCCACGCCCUCCAGAAAUCCUGCCAGGAGUUCCCCGUAGCCCUGGUGCUGCUGCAGGGCUCUGGGAACAGGGACGGUGGGGAUGGGGAGACCCUCCUGGGGCAUGUCCGGCUGUCCCGCGUGGUGUCCCGCCCUGGGAGCCUCUUUGUGGAGUCGGUGGUGGUGUCCAAGGCCCAGAGGGGGAAGGGCUACGGUCGUACACUGAUGCAGGAGACGGAGUGCUACGCUAAGGCCCGAGGGUUCCGGAGGCUGUGUCUGACCACCCACGACAAGCAGCACUUCUAUGCCCAUCUGGGCUAUGUUCUGUCCAUGCCGGUACAGAAUGCUGGUGUCAUGGCCUCCUUCAUGCCCAUGGAGGUGCUGGAGAGGUUCUCCAAGCUCCCAGGGACAGAUGACACCCAGGGUGAGGUACAGGGAGGCCCACCACCACCAUCACCACCCCAGAUCCCUCCUUCCUUUAUAGGGCCUGCUCCAUCACCUCUGCCUCCUCCUCUACCACCCACUCAUCCUUCUAGUCUUCCUACUCCUCCACCUCUUCUCCUCCCUCCCUCUGCUCUAUCUUGUCAUCCACCUCCCUCUCCUCCCUCUGGUCUUCCACCUCCUCCCUCUAUUCCUCCCCCUCCUCCUCCUCCUCCUCCUCAGUGUCCGGCCCGACUGGUGUUUCAGACUCUUGAGGAGACGCCCUACAGAGAUGCUAAAGGAGUUCCUAUCUUCUGGAUGCACAAGGACAUCUGAGUCUGAGGGCCUGGCUGACCACAGACCUCGUCACCCAUGUCACUCAGCCUCACACACACACACACGCUCACGACAUUGAGGAAAAGGACGCUGCCUUUGGCCUAUUUAGUACCACAGCCUGUAGGCUUUUGACAAGAGGUUGACAGACUGAGAAGGAAGGAUAUUUUUGGGGUCUGGCUGGCUGUCCUUGAGUUCUUGACAGAGAUACUUAGUGCUGUCGACUGAGAUAACACUUGAACAAAGAAUACCAAAUGUUUGUUCUCAUGUGCCUUAAGUAAGUUGUUUUUUCUUGUCCUAAAAUAAAACAUUUAUUUAAUGAAUGGUUAACUUUACCUGAUCAAACUAAAUAUUUAUCACUGGGUCUAUAUUUUGGACCUAAUGUUUCAAUCAUUUCGAUGUUGAAAUAAAAGACAGCGUACUAAA